ACGGGCGGCGGGCGCGUGGAGCAGCUGGGCCGCGCCUUCCGGCGCCAGGUGCGGCGGCUGCGGGAGCGCAGCGGGCUGCUGGAGCUGCUCUUCCUGGUGGACGAGUCGUCCAGCGUGGGCGCCGCCAACUUCCAGGCCGAGCUGCGCUUCGUGCGCAAGCUGCUGUCCGCCUUUCCCGUCGUGCCGGCCGCCACGCGCGUCGCCAUCGUGCCCUUCUCGUCCCGCGCCAACGUGGCGGCGCGCGUGGACUACAUCUCCCGCCGCCGGCCGCGCCAGCACAAGUGCGCCCUGCUCGGCCACGAGAUCCCCUCCAUCACCUACCGCGGCGGCGGCACCUACACCAAGGGCGCCUUCCAGCAGGCGGCGCAAAUACUGCGUCAUUCUCGUGGGAAUGCCACAAAGGCAAUCUUCCUCAUUACUGAUGGGUAUUCCAAUGGGGGUGACCCGAGACCAAUCGCAGCAUCCUUGCGUGAACUAGGAGUGGAGAUCUUCACGUUUGGGAUAUGGCAAGGCAACAUCCGAGAGCUGAAUGACAUGGCUUCGUAUCCCAAGGAGGAACACUGCUACUUGCUUCACAGUUUUGCAGAAUUUGAAGCAUUAGCUCGCAGAGCUCUUCAUGAAGAUCUGCCCUCUGGCAGUUACAUUCAAGAAGACAUAUCCCAUUGUUCAUAUCUUUGUGAGGCAAAUGAAAACUGCUGCGAUAUCAUGGCUAGCUGCAAAUGUGGCACUCACACUGGCCAAUUUGAAUGCAUCUGUGAAAAAGGCUACUACGGUAAAGGACUACAGCAUGAAUGUACAGCUUGCCCUUCAGGAACUUACAAGCCAGAAGGCUCACCAGGUGGAAUUAACACUUGCAUCUCAUGCCCUGAUGAGAACCAUACUUCUCUACCAGGAAGUACCUCCAUUGAGGACUGUGUCUGUAGAGAGGGGUAUCGUGCUGCAGGACAAACCUGUGAAGUUGUCCACUGCCCUGAACUGAAGCCCCCUGAAAAUGGCUAUUUUAUCCAGAACGUCUGCAACAACUACUUCAAUGCUGCCUGUGGAAUCCGAUGCAAAGCAGGGUUUGAUCUAGUGGGAAGCAGCAUACGACUUUGUCAGCCAAGUGGCCUGUGGUCUGGUUCAGAAGCCACUUGCAGAGUACAAAAAUGUCCAAAACUUCAUGGGCCUGAUAAUGGACAUAUUAAUUGUUCAUCGAGUGAUAUCUCCUACAAGACUGUGUGUUUUGUGACCUGUAACGAGGGCUUUGAACUGGAAGGAAAUGCCAAACUCACCUGUCAAGGAAACUCUCAGUGGGACUGGAAGGAACCAAAGUGUCUGGAGGUGCACUGCCCUGUUUUCCAGAAACCAAAGGGUGUGAUGGUGCAUCCAUUGAAUUGUGGACGGGAGCCAUCUAAAUAUGGAACCGUGUGCCAAUUGAGCUGUCCUCAUGGCUUUGUCUUGUCUGGAGCUAGAGAACAACUAAGGUGCAUUUCUUCUGGGAGUUGGAGUGAAGAUGUCCAGAAGGCUUUCUGUAAUGAUACUGAAGCUCCUCAAAUCAUAUGUCCAGACAAUAUAGAGGCCACAACUCUGGAACAUCAGAACUCUGCUAAUAUUAGCUGGCAAAUUCCAACAGCCAAGGAUAACUCUGGAGACGAGCUCUCCAUUCAUGUUACUCCGGCCUUUACACCACCAUAUCUUUUCGCAAUUGGAGAGGUUCCUAUCACCUACACAGCAGUCGACAAGUCUGGCAAUGAGGCAAGCUGUACGUUCAUUGUCAAAGUUAUUGAUGUAGAAGCCCCUACACUUGAUAGAUGCAGAUCUCCACCUCCAAUUCAGGUAUCCGCGAAUGAGUACAGAGCAACGUGGGAGGAGCCACAGUUUUCAGACAACUCAGGGGCUGCACUGACUAUCACCAAAAGUCACUCACCUGGAGAUCUCUUUCCCAAAGGAGAAACUACAGUUCAUUACACUGCCACAGACCCAUCAGGAAAUAACAGGACAUGUGAGAUCCACAUUGUCAUCAGAGGUUCUCCCUGUGAAAAUCGUUUCACCCCUGUGAAUGGUCAUUUCACAUGCACAGAAGAUGAAAUAGGUGUUAACUGCAGCUUACAUUGUAUGGAUGGUUACAGCUUUGCAGAAGGGGCAGCUGAAAAGUACCAUUGUGCUUAUAAGGAUGGGAUCUGGAAGCCACCAUAUUCUACUGAAUGGCCAGACUGUUCUUUAAAUCGUUUUGCCAAUCAUGGAUUCAAAUCCUUUGAGAUGCUGUACAAAGCAACCCGAUGUGAUGACAACAACCUUCUAGAUAGCUUUGCUGAGGCUUUCCAGAGUGCACUUGGUAAAAUGGUCCCAUCAUUCUGUAAUGAUGUCGAUGACAUUGACUGCAGGUUGGAGGAUUUGCUACAAAAACAUUGCUUAGAAUAUAAUUAUGAUUACGAAAAUGGAUUUGCAAUUGGACCUGGUGGCUGGGGCACAGCAAACCAUCUGGAUUAUGCCUAUGAUGACUUCCGUGAUGUAACACAGGAAGAACCACUACACAACCAACGCUCUGAUACUGUGAAAUCGAGACCUUCCCGGGUCAAAAGACACAAAAAACUCAACAUUCCAAUGACAGACCAUAAAAUUAAGUUAAUAUUUAACAUUACUGCUAGUGUGCCAUUGCCUGAUGAAAGGAACGAUACCCUGGAAUGGGAAAACCAGCAACGACUUCUUAAAACUCUAGAGACUAUCACAAACAGGCUGAAAAGGACUCUCAGUAAGGAACCCAUGUAUUCUUUUCAGUUUGCAUCUGAACUGGUUGUUGCUGACAGCAACUCUCUGGAAACGGAGAAAGCCUUUCUCUUCUGCAGACCAGGUUCAGUGCUGAGAGGUCGAAUGUGUGUUAACUGUCCUCUGGGCACCUAUUACUCGCUGGAGCAUCAUACCUGUGAAAGCUGCUGGACUGGGUCAUAUCAGGAUGAGGAAGGGCAGUUGGAAUGCAAAAGUUGUCCAUCUGGUAGCUACACUGAAUACCUUCAUUCCAGGAGUAUCUCUGAAUGUAAAGCUCAGUGCAAGCAGGGAACCUACUCUCCUAAUGGUCUUGAGACCUGUGAAUCGUGUCCUUUUGGCACAUAUCAGCCAGUAGUUGGAUCUAAGAACUGUCUGUCUUGCCCAGAAAACAUGUCGACCGUAAAAAGAGGAGCUGUGGAUGUCUUAGCCUGUGGAGUACCUUGUCCAGCAGGAGAAUUCUCUCGCAGCGGUUUACUUCCUUGCCACCCCUGCCCCAGAGACUAUUACCAGCCAGACCCAGGGAAGUCCUACUGCUUGUCUUGUCCCUUUUAUGGAACAACUACCAUCAUAGGUGCCAGAUCUAUCACAGACUGUUCAAGUUUUGGCUCUACCUUCUCAGCAGCUGAGGAGAGUGUAAUGGUACCUGUCCCUCCAGAAAAUAUCAGCAAACAGUAUAAAGUCAGCAGUCAGGUUUUUCAUGAGUGUUUCCUGGAACCAUGCCAUAAUAAUGGAACUUGUAAACAGCUUGGAAGUGGUUACAUCUGCAUCUGUCCCCCCGGAUAUACAGGCUUAAAAUGUGAACUAGAGAUUGAUGAGUGCAAAUCCUUUCCCUGCCUCAACAACGGAGUUUGCAAAGAUGGCAUUGCAGCCUUCAUUUGCCAAUGCCAGCCAGGCUACACAGGGUCACUGUGUGAAGAAGAUGUGAACGAAUGCAGCUCCAACCCAUGCCAGAACGGAGCACUUUGUGUUGAUGACAUCAGUGCUUAUCGCUGCACAUGUACAAAAGGAUACACAGGUUCUCACUGUGAAACAGAAGUGAACGAAUGCCUUUCAAACCCAUGUCGUAACAAAGCUAUUUGUGAAGAUAGGAUCGGGAGUUUUCAUUGCAAGUGCCCUUCUGGGUUUACCGGUGCCUUGUGUGAAAAAAACAUUGAUGAGUGUCUCAGCAGACCGUGUAAGAAUGGGGCUACAUGCAAAGAUGAUAUCAACAGCUUCAGGUGUCUGUGUGUGACGGGGUACAUGGGACAGCAUUGUGAAGUGAACAUCAAUGAGUGUGAAUCCAACCCCUGCUUAAACCAAGCAACCUGUGUGGAUGCCUUGAACUCGUACGUUUGUAAAUGUCCCCCUGGCUUUACAGGCAGCAGGUGUGAAACAGAACAGUCCUCUGGUUUUAAUCUGGAUUUUGAAGUUUCUGGUAUCUAUGGGUAUGUCAUACUUGACAAUACUUUCCCAUCACUUGGUAAUAUCACCUGUGCCUUCUGGAUGAGAUCCACUGACACUACUAAUUAUGGGACUCCAAUUUCUUAUGCGGUAGAUAAUGGAAGUGACAACGCAUUUCUGUUAACAGAUUACAAUGGGUGGGUUCUUUAUGUGAAUGGGAAGGAAAAGAUCACAGAUUGCCCUUCUAUGAAUGAUGGCAAGUGGCAUCACAUUGCAAUCACCUGGACUUGCACAGAUGGAGCCUGGAAAGUGUAUAUUGAUGGGAAGUUAUCUGAUGGAGGCAGUGGUCUCUCAGUUGGUUCAAAAAUCCCUGGUGGUGGUGCACUUGUGCUUGGCCAGGAUCAAGACCAGAGAGGAGAAGGAUUUAAUCCAGCUGAGUCUUUUGUGGGCUCUAUUAGCCAGCUCAACAUCUGGGACCAUGUCCUCUCCCCAGAGCAGGUAAAAUCCCUGGCUACUUCCUGUCCAGAGGAACUCCAAAAAGGAAAUGUAUUUGCUUGGCCUGACUUCCUGCCUGGGGUUGUUGGAAGAGUGAAGAUAGAUUACAACAGUAUAUUUUGUGCUGAUUGCCCAUCCUUAGAAGGAUCCAUACCUCAUCUGCGGACCUUAUCGACUGAUUUAAAGCCAGGGUCAAAAGUGAGCCUUUUCUGUGACCCAGGCUUCCAGAUAGUAGGGAACUCUGUCCAGCACUGUCUAAAUUUGGGACAAUGGACUCGACCUCUUCCACGCUGUGAAAGGAUCAGCUGUGGAGUGCCUCCACCUUUAGAACAUGGAUUUUAUUCCUCUGAGGACUUCUUUGCUGGCAGCACGGUUACCUACCAGUGCAAUAAUGGGUAUUAUUUACUAGGAGAUUCCAGGAUGUUCUGCACUGACAGUGGAAGUUGGAAUGGCAUUUCGCCGUCUUGUCUUGAUGUCGAUGAAUGUGCUGUUGGCUCAGACUGUGAUGAGCAUGCUUCUUGCCUUAAUACAAAUGGCUCCUAUGUAUGUACUUGCAUCCCUCCCUAUACAGGAGAUGGUAAAAAGUGCAAAGAGCCAGUAAAAUGCAAGAAUCCAGAAAAUCCCAAAAAUGGUCAUUCUUAUGGAGAAGAUUACAGUGUUGGGGGUGAAGUUACUUUCUCCUGUGAGGAAGGUUUCCAACUGAGAGGACUAAGUAGAGUCAGGUGUUUGGCAACUGGAGUGUGGAGCCACAUGAUACCCUAUUGUGAAGCCAUAUCCUGUGGGAGGCCCAUUAUUCCAAAGAAUGGUGCUAUUGAGGGCUCAAAUUUUACUUAUGGCAGUAAAGUUCUAUACAGAUGUAAUGUAGGAUAUAAUCUAGUGGGUGAAAAAGAAACAUUGUGCCUGGCUCAUGGUGCUUGGAGUCGUUCUUCUCCCUCUUGUAAAAUAGUAACAUGUCCCAGUCCACAGGACAUAAACAAUGGAAAAUAUGUGCUGGCUGGCACAACAUACCUUUCUACUGCAUCCUACACAUGUCACAGUGGAUACAGUCUGCAGGGUCCCUCAGUACUUGUGUGUGAAGCUUCAGGUCACUGGAACAGCAAACCUCCCACCUGCAAUAUCAUCUCUUGUGGCUCCCCUCCUCCCAUUAAAGAUGCCACCAUCAAUGGGAAUAACUUCACUUUUGGCAACAGAGUCACAUAUACGUGUAAGGAAGGUUACACGUUAAUUGGCCCUGAAACUGUAGAAUGUUUACCCAGCGGUGAGUGGAACAUGAGUCACCAACAGUGUUUGGCUGUUUCCUGUGAUGAACCUCCCCAUGUGGAACACGCUUCACCGGAAAGUGCUCAUCGGUUGUUUGGAGAUAUUGCUUAUUACUACUGUGCAGAUGGCUACAGCUUGGCAGCCAAUUCCCAGCUGCUUUGCAAUGCACAGGGGAAGUGGGUGCCACCUGAUGGCAUGGAGAUGCCUCACUGCAUAGCUGAUUUUUGUGAGAAGCCACCUGCAGUGUCAUAUAGCAUCCUGGAAUCCAUUAACAAAGCAAAAUUUGCUGCUGGCUCAGUCGUGAGCUUCAAAUGCAUGGAAGGCUUUGUCUUAAACACUUCUGCCAAGAUCGAGUGCAUUCGAGGUGGCCAGUGGAAUCCUUCUCCUUUGAGUAUCCAGUGCAUCCCGGUUCGCUGUGGAGAACCACCAAGCAUUAGCAAUGGCUACGCCAGUGGAACCAACUACAGUUUUGGGGCAGUAGUGGCUUACAGCUGCAACAAAGGAUUUUAUAUCAAAGGAGAGAAGAAAAGGACAUGUGAAGCCACAGGCAGCUGGAGCGGCAGCUUGCCCACCUGCCACCCGGUAUCUUGUGGAGAACCACCCAACCUUGAAAACGGAUUUAUUAAGGACACAACUGGACAUGUCUUUGAAAAUCAAGUGAAUUUUCAGUGCCAUGCUGGCUACAAGUUAGUUGGAAGCUCAGUGGCCGUCUGCCAAGCCAAUCGCCAGUGGUACAGUGAAUCACUUCCUUCCUGUGUUACUCUUAGUUGUGGGAAACCCCCACCGAUCCAGCAUGGACACACCAAGGGAGAAAGUUUUGAUGUGGGAUCCAAGGUUGAGUUUUUCUGUGAUGAAGGGUACAAGCUGUCUGGAGAUACCUCCUGGACGUGCCAGAAAUCUGGGAAAUGGAGCAAAAAGCAAAACCCAAAGUGCAUGUUGGCAAAGUGUCCAGAACCACCAUUGCUUGAAAACCAGCUGGUCUUGAAAGAGAUGGUUAACCAAAUAGGGGUUGUACAGUUUUCCUGUAGGGAGGGCUAUGAAUUGCAUGGUGCCUCUGUGCUGAAAUGUUUGCAGUCACAACAAUGGAAUGAUUCUUUUCCUGUCUGCAAAGUUGUGCUAUGCCGUAGGCCUCCAUACAUUCCCUUUGGUGAACCUUUGGCAUCGCCUCUUCAUUUUGGUAGCACUGUGAAGUAUGUCUGCACAGACGGCUUUUUAUUGAAGGGGGAAGCUACAGUCAGAUGCCAAGCUAAUGGCUCCUGGAGCAUGCCAUUCCCAGAAUGUAUCCCAGUGGAAUGCCCCCAACCUGAAGAAAUCCAGAAUGGCAUAGUGGAUGUGCAGGGUCUUACAUAUCUUAGUACAGCACUGUAUACUUGUAAACCAGGCUUUGAACUACUGGGAAAUACAACUAUUCUCUGUGGAGAAGAUGGUCGUUGGUUAGGUGGAAAGCCUUCUUGCAACCCUAUUGAAUGCCCAGCACCUAAGGAGAUAGUCAAUGGCAAGUAUUCACACACAAACUUUCAUUAUGGGGAAACUGUUACAUACUCGUGUGACAGAGGAUUUCAGCUUAAAGGGCCGAAUGUACUACACUGCUUAGAGACAGGAGAGUGGGAUGCUGACAUUCCUUCUUGUAAAGCUAUAAACUGCCAUCCUCCUCAGCCCAUUGAGAAUGGCUUUGUGGAAGGUGCAGAUUACAGCUAUGGUGCCAUGGUAAUCUAUAGCUGCAUCCCAGGAUUCCAGCUGGCUGGUCUCGCCAUGCAGACCUGUGAAGAGACAGGAUGGUCUAGCUUUACUCCAGCAUGCCUGCCAACAGACUGCGGCCUACCUCCCCACAUUGACUUUGGGGAAUAUGCACAGAUUAGAAGUAAGGAGAGACAUUUUAACCAAGAAGACAUGCUCCUUACUGAGAGCCCUCCUCUGGCCCACACAUUAGCUGCAGGUGCCUGGAAGGAUAGAAGAAUGUCUCAGAAGGAAAGUAAUUCAGUACAGUCAUCAAACUUUUUAUAUGGAACCAUGAUUUUGUACACGUGCUACUCUGGUUAUGAGCUGUUGGGAAACUCCCUUCUCACUUGCCAGGAGGAUGGGACCUGGAAUGGAACUGCCCCGGUGUGCAUAUCCAUAGAGUGCCACUUGCUGUUCCCUCCAGAGAAUGGCUUUUUGCAUUUUACAGAGAAUACACUCGGUAGCACAGUGCACUAUACCUGUAACCCAGGGUAUAAACUUAUUGGUUCCAACACAAGGCUGUGUUUGCCUAAUAGACGGUGGAGUAGUGCUGCUCCAUUUUGUGAAGCAAUAUCAUGUAGCAUGCCUAAAAAACUCAUGAAUGGAAGUAUAAAAGGAGAGAAUUACACUUAUGGGCACACCGUCCAUUAUGAAUGCAAUUCUGGAUACCAGUUAAUUGGCUCAGCUAAUAGAACAUGCCAGGAAAACCAGACAUGGGAUGGGAAUGAGCCCAUUUGUGUUCCCAUUUCCUGUGGCCAGCCACCAGCUAUAGAGAAUGGCAGAGUGACUGGAGAAGAAUACACAUUUCAAAAGCAAACUGAGUACCUGUGUCACAAAGGGUUCCUGCUGGAUGGGGACAGAAGUAGAGUUUGCCUUGCAAAUGGUAGCUGGAGUGGAAUUGCUCCAGUUUGUAAAGCCAUCAGGUGUGCAGUGCCUCCACCUCUUCCCAAUGGGACAAUUACUGGAUCAGAAUAUGCCUUUGGAAAGGAGGUUCAUUAUCACUGCAAUGAAGGCUACAUAUUGCAUGGAGCAUCCAUCUUCACGUGUCAACUGGAUGGCACCUGGGAUGGAGAGGCUCCAUUCUGUGAGCCAGUCAACUGCGGCCCUCCAGAGGACCUCUCUCAUGGCUUUCUGAAUGGGUCAGACUUUAGCUACGGGGAAUUCAUACAGUAUGUGUGUUUUAAAGGUUACCAGUUACAUGGAGAUUCACAGCGGCAGUGUUUGUCCAAUGGCUCUUGGAGCGGGAGCCUCCCUUCUUGCCAGCUCUGUACAUGCCCAGUGCCACAGAUCCAGAACGGGAUUGUUAUUGGGAAAGACUUCAGCUGUGGGAAAAGUGCACAGUUCCAGUGCCUGGAGGGCUUCAAGCUGCUUGGGCCUUCUGAGAUCUCCUGCAAGGCAGCUGACAAAUGGAGCUCGGGUUUUCCACGCUGUGGGCAGAUCACAUGUGGCUCCCCACCCACCAUCCCCAAUGCUUACAUCAAUGGGAGCAGCUCUACACAUGAGAACACAGUCACCUAUAACUGUGUACCUGGCUUUGCCAUGCAAGGGAAUCCAGAGCUGACUUGUACAGAAGAGGGUGUUUGGAGACAGCCGCAUCCUCAGUGUGAACUACUGACAUGUGGACCCCCACCAUCCAUUCCAAAUGCUGUACCUGUCGGAGAGGCACGCACCUAUGGAAGCGAAGUCCGAUACAGGUGCCUAGAGGGCUACGUGAUGGAGACAGAAGCAGAUAUGUGCGUUUGUCAGGAGGAUGGACAGUGGUCUCCUACAAGUAUUUCCUGUUUCCUCAAAAAAUGCCCCGUGCCAACAAAUCUAACCAAUGUAAUUGUUUCUGGUGAUGAAUUGACUGUGAAUAAGAGUGUAACAUUGUCAUGUGCAGAAGGCUACACUUUGAUGGGGGCAAGCACAUCAGUGUGCCAGGACGAUGGCAGCUGGGUGCCACUGUUUUCAGAUGAGAUCUGUGUCCCUGUGUCUUGUGGGAAACCAGAAACUCCAGAACAUGGGGCUGUGCUUGGAACAGGAUACAGCUACAGAGAUGCAGUCCAUUACAAAUGUAAUGCUGGCUAUGAACUACAGGGUGACAUUGAACGGAUCUGCCAAGGAAACAAGCUGUGGAGUGGAGCAGCACCUAUGUGCAGAAAGAUAUCCUGUGGACCACCAGAACCGAUUGAGAACGGAUUCAUUCAAGGGAAGGCAUUCCUAUUUGAAGACAACGUUGUCUAUGGCUGUAAUCCAGGCUUUGAACUGCAGGGACCAACCCGAAGGAUUUGCCAUGUUAACAAAAAGUGGAAUCCCCCUGCCCCUUCGUGUGUGAGGAUAACUUGUGAGCCACAUCCAUCUGUAGAAAAUGCAUUGUCUGUCUCCUUGGGAAAUGUAUACAGAAGUAACGUGACUUUUAUGUGCAAUUUUGGAUACCAUCUAGUUGGGCCUCAGAAUAUCACAUGCCUUGCCAAUGGAACAUGGAGUAAACCACUCCCAUCUUGUGAAGAAACCAGAUGUGAAGCACCAGUUUCCUUGGCAAAUGGGAAGGCCUUGUAUGAAAACAAUACUGUGGGCAGCACAGUGGCUUAUCACUGCAACAGAGGAUUCAGCUUGGAAGGGGAGCCAAGGGCAGAGUGCACAGGGGGUGGAAGUUGGAGUCAUCCCAUACCUCUGUGCAAACCAAAUCCUUGCCCUGUACCUUUCAUAAUCCCUGAGAAUGCCCUCCUGUCUGAGGUGGAUUUUUACGUUGGUCAGAAAGUAUCUAUCAGAUGCAGGGAGGGCUACCAACUUAGAGGACAAGCUGUGAUCACCUGUAACCCAGAUGAGACCUGGACACCAACAAAAGCUAAAUGUGAAAGGAUUUCUUGUGGCCCCCCUGCUCACAUAGAAAAUGCACUGGCACGUGGGACUUUUUAUCAGUAUGGAGACAUGAUCACCUACUCAUGCUACAGUGGCUAUAUGCUGGAGGGGUCGCUGAGGAGUGUUUGUUUAGAAAAUGGAACCUGGACAACACCACCUGCUUGCAAAGCUGUUUGUCGAUUCCCCUGUCAGAAUGGUGGAGUUUGCGAACGACCAAAUGCAUGCUCUUGUCCAGAAGGCUGGAUGGGACGUCUGUGUGAAGAACCAAUAUGCAUCCUGCCCUGUCUGAAUGGAGGUCACUGCAUGGCCCCUUAUCAGUGCGAUUGCCCAACUGGAUGGACCGGAUCACGCUGUCACACAGCUGUUUGCCAGAAUCCAUGUUUGAAUGGUGGGAAAUGUAUACGACCAAAUCGGUGCCAUUGUCCCUCAUCCUGGACUGGACAUGACUGCUCCAGGAAAAGAAAAGCUGGAUUCUAUUCCUUUUAACAGCAGAGCAGCUGAUUUACAUGAAGAAAAUGUCUUCACCAGAGCCACUAGACCUUGGAACACAAUGCAUUGUAAAUCAAAUUCAGUGCUUCCUUUCUCUCCCCGUUUUAUAUUUUAUUUUUUCAUAUCCAAAAGUAUGUAAACUAUAUGCUGCUACACACACAUAAAGCCCCACCCCCAGUAAGUACAGCAUCUUCUGUCCACUGCAGAAGUGGCUUGUGUACAAUUUGUGCAUCCCAAUUUCUUGAAUACAAAUUGUUAAUCAAAAUACACUUUACUUCUAAUCAAGAG